GCUGGAGAGCCGCGCGGACGAGUGGCUUGCCGAUCUGGAGAAUAUUUACCUGGAAGCGUGCGUGUGUCUCCCCGAACUAGUCUCGGACCAGGUCAAUGUACGGAGGAGAAACAACUCGGAGAAGGCUGCGUUGGAGCUGAAACGCACGCGGUUGGUGCCGUUCCCGGCUGACCGAGUGGCGGAAGUCAUGUGGGACGUGGUGAAGGUGGGCAUGCCCAAGGACGAGAGGAAUACAGCCAAGCGGUCCGACGAUCUGUGUGAUGAAGCGCUUCCGUAUCCCCGAAGGGUUUAUCGUCGUGGUCGAAGGAAUCACCGCGUGGCUCGAUCGCCCCGGGUCCUCGGACGAGUGGGAACAAGUGACGCGAGACUCUGGCUGGGGGGUCGUGCACCCGAUUGCUUCGGACGGACCGUCACCAGGAAUCUGCCAGUUGCAGACUGGAUUGUAUCUCCAGGAGAACGAACACGGGGGCAACUUGCCCUACAUGUCCAAGAACAGCCCCGUGCUGCUCUCUCGCCCUGUGAGCGAAGUCUUGGUUCCGAUGCGCAAGGACUGCCACCAACAAAUGGACAAUAAGAUGCUAGAACCGUCGAGUUAGGCAGGCGUGAAUGCCUGAAGUCGUAGGUGAAAGUAGUCUUACCACCGCAUCGUUUGGCGCGCACGUGUCGCGCCC